UAAAUAGUAUUUACUAUUUAGUAUUUUUAAUUAUUUUUGAAGAAAUCAAGUGCCCAUCUUUUUCAAUGUUUUGAUCUUCAAAUAACUCAUGGCAAAUACUCCAGUAGACGAAAUAACUCACAAAGAAGAAAAAAAGUUUGUGUUUAAAGACUCAACUUUUGAUAGCACCAAAACAGUCAAUGGAAAAAAAAAAUUGUGGCGUUCUUUAAAGCAAAUAACAACUCAAGAAAGAAAUUUACCCUGGCCUGAUAACUCAAUUAAUUAUAGCAGUAUUUCUGCUCCGCCAUCAUUCAAACCAGCCAAAAAAUAUUCAGAUAUUAGUGGAUUAAUUGCCAAAUAUAAAGAUCCUCAAACAUCUUUAUUCUAUGCUGGACAUGAAGAAUUCAGUACUGUAAGAAACCUGCCUAGUGAUAUUAUUACUGGAUAUCUUACAUUACGAGGAGCAUAUAAUCCUAUUGGAUAAUAUUAAAUUAGAUAAAGACUUACACACAAAGUUAAUAAAUAUGUUGGUAACA